AGCAGAAGCUGAACCACCGUCAGUCAGCCAGUGCUCCUCAAGAACAGAGCAGCAGUGUGUCCUUGCUCUGAGCCUUCAUCCUCCUCUUCCUCCUCCUUCUCUUCUUCGUUUGGUCCUCUGAUCCCUCUCACCAGCAGACAUGGUCAACCACAAAGAGUUUGACAAUGCAGGAAAGGCUGCAGGUCUGCAGAUUUGGAGGAUUGAGAACAUGGAGUUGGUUCCGGUACCUGCUAACCUACAUGGGAACUUUUACAUCGGUGAUGCUUAUGUGAUUCUAUUCACUAUCAAACAGAAGCAGAGCAGUUUCUACCAUCUGCACUACUGGCUGGGGAAGGAGUGCAGUCAGGAUGAGAGCACUGCUGCAGCCAUCUUCACUGUGCAGCUGGAUGAUUAUCUGGGCGGAAAGCCGGUCCAGUACAGAGAGCUGCAGGACGCCGAGUCAACAUCCUUCACCAGCUACUUCAAAGGAGGCAUCACCUACAAAAUCGGUGGUGUGGCGUCAGGGUUCCACCAUGUGGUCACCAACGACGUCUCUGCACAGAGACUCUUCCACAUCAAGGGCCGGCGGGUGGUCAGGGCCACUCAGGUCCCCCUCAGCUGGUCCAGCUUCAACAGGGGAGACUGUUUCAUUGUUGACCUUGGUGAUAAAAUCUACCAGUGGUGCGGAUCCAUGUGUAACAAGUUUGAGAGACUGAAGGCGGCACAAGUGGCCAGAGGUAUCCGUGACAACGAGAGGAAUGCAAGGGCUGAACUAGUGGUUGUGGAAGAGGGAAGUGAACCGUCCAAGUUAAUUGAUGUCCUUGGAGUCAAGCCAGAGCUAUCAGAGGGAGAUGAUGAUGAUGAUACCAAGACAGACAUUAUCAACAGGAAAAUGGCAAAACUGUACAUGGUGUCUGAUGCAUCUGGAUCCAUGCAGCUGACCCUUGUGAAGGAGGAAAACCCUUUCCUUCAGAGCGAUCUGCUCUCAGAUGAGUGCUUCAUCUUGGACUACGGCAGGAACAAGAUGAUAUUUGUAUGGAAAGGGCAUAAAGCCAAUUCCAGUGAACGAAAGGAGGCCAUGAAAACAGCCGAGGGCUUCAUCAAACAGAUGCAGUAUCCUGAAGACACGCAGAUCCAGGUGCUCCCAGAAGGAGGAGAGACCCCCAUGUUUAAGCAGUUCUUCUUGAGCUGGAGGGAAAAAGACCAGAGUCACGGCUUUGGGAAGGUGUUCGUCACUGAGAGGAUCGCCCGUAUCCAACAGGUGGACUUUGACGCCUCCAAACUCCACAAGUCCCACCACAUGGCAGCCCAGUACAACAUGGUGGAUGAUGGGAGCGGAGACACACAGAUCUGGAGGGUGGAGAGCAGUGGCAGAGUUCCUGUUGAUUCAGAGACCUAUGGGCAGUUCUAUGGAGGAGACUGUUACAUUAUUCUGUACACUUAUGGAAAGAAACAGAUCAUCUACACCUGGCAAGGAGCCAGUUCCACUUUGGAUGAGCUGACAGCCUCUGCCUUCCUGACUGUCGAACUGGAUCGUUCACUCGGAGGGAAUGCGGUUCAGGUCAGAGUGUGCCAAGGUAAAGAACCCCCACAUCUGCUUAGUCUCUUCAAAUCCAAACCCCUCAUCAUAUACAAGAAUGGGACGUCCCGCAUCCAAGGCCAAGCCCCUCCACCUGACACCCGACUCUUCCAGGUGCGACGAAACCUGGGCACCAUCACCAGGAUAGCUGAGGUCGAUGCCAACGCGGCCUGUCUGAACUCCAACGACGCCUUCCUGCUGAAGAUGGCGGAUGGGCAGGGCUACCUGUGGAUGGGCAAAGGGGCCAGUAAGGAAGAGGAAAAAGGAGCUGAGUACAUGAGGAAUGUCCUGAACUGCAGCAGCAAACGCAUCAUGGAAGGAAACGAACCAGCUGACUUCUGGGAGGCAUUAGGUGGGAAGGCAGCAUAUCAGACUUCACAAAUACUGGAGAAUGAGACCAUGGCUCAUCCACCACGUCUGUUUGGAUGUUCUAACAAAACCGGCAAGUUCAUAAUCGAGGAGGUUCCAGGAGAGUUCACACAGGACGACCUGGCUGAAGAUGACGUGAUGCUCCUGGAUGUGUGGGACCAGGUGUUUGUUUGGAUCGGAAAGGAUGCCAAUGAGGAAGAGAGGACGCAGUCUCUUAAAAAAGCCAAACAGUACAUAGAGACUGACCCAAGCAACCGGGACAAGAAGACCCCCGUGGUGGUGGUGAAACAGGGCCAUGAACCCCCCACAUUCACAGGCUGGUUCCUGGCCUGGGACCCAUCCCACUGGGACUCAGUCACCAGAAGCAUGAAGUCUCUGAACCUGUAGAUCAGACACAUACAAUCAACAAAACAUUGCCUGCCACAGUUGUCUGAUAUAUAAUAAGUAUGAAUGAAAUGAAGUAAAUGUCCUUUUAAACAUUUUCUUACAUUUUCUUUUACUGCACUCUGAUGCAUUCACAUUCAACAAAUGCACAAUUUAACACUUGGUGAAUCUGUUCAAUCUGUUACUAGUAUUUUGACGCCAGCUGUGAUGAAGUUUUUGCAAUAAAUGUAUAAAAUGCACCAAAAUGUAAGAUCACUUGAGAUUAACUUUGAUGCCAUGGCAUUUUGGAACUCAUGAACAACCUUUAUUUUAUUGGUUUUUUUUUUUGCCACAUUAACAUUAAAGAGCUAAUACAAUAAACAUCUUAAGAAAACACA